CGCAGUGCGAGGCGCCGGCGGGACCCGGAGGAUGAGCCUCAUCACGGCGCCCCGGUCCCUGCGGCCCGGCCCGCCCACGAUAUCUACCAUUGUGGAACUGAACGUGGGGGGCGAAUUCUACACCACCACUGUGGGCACCCUGAGAAAAUGCCCGGGCUCAGUGCUGGCAGAGAUGUUUUCCAGCUCAGUCAAGGCCUGCACGGAUGCAGAGGGCCGCAUCUUCAUCGAUCGUUCAGGCACAUAUUUCAGACCCAUCCUGGACUACCUGCGCAGCGGGCAGCUGCCCACGCAGCACAUCCCCGAGGUGUACCGUGAGGCCCAGUUCUACAAAAUCAAGCCUUUGGUCAAGCUCCUGGAGGACAUGCCGCAGAUCUUCGGUGAACAGGUGGCUCGGAAGCAGUUCUUGCUGCGAGUCCCUGGCUACAACGAGAACCUGGAGCUCCUGGUGCGCCUGGCACGCGCCGAAGCCGUGGCAGCGCGCGAGUCAAGGGUGCUGGUGUGCGUGGUGCGCACUGAGGAGGAGGAGGCGCGCUGCACGGAGCCCCUGCGGGCCCUGGAGGCUGACAAGAAGUCAGUUGUCAAAUUCGGGCCCUGGAAGGCGGCCCCAGACACCACCGACCUCCUGCACUGCGUGAAGAUGGACAUUGAGGCUCAGGGGUACAAGGUGUUCUUUCAGCACUACUCAGAGAAGACAUUCUGGGUCAAGGUCAGCCAUUGCUUCUAUAAAUUCAUCUUCACCUGGUGGUGAUCCCCCCAG